AUACCUCGACCCACUGAAUUUGUUGCUCGGAAUAUCUUGUUUGUCGUGUAUUGGCUGCAUACAUACUUCUUAUUCCUGUAUUUCAUGACUAUAGAAAUCGAAUCUGAACAGGCCGCAUCCGGGGAUUCGCCUUCACAUUGCCGCCGCGGGACAGGCGUGCUGGAGACGGUGUUGUCCUUACGCUAGUCCGGGGAUCUGCUCAGCUCUAGGCCGCAGGACAGUGCGUGCUUCACCGGGGUGCUGUCGGUGAGAAUACAAUGAGUGAGAGCUCUGGUCUUCAAUAUGUCAGCCCUUAUGCCUUUGAGGCAAUGCAGAAGGUGGACGUGGUACGAUUGGCAGCCUUGAGUGAUCCUGAAUUGAGGCUCCUCCUGCCUUGCUUAGUCCGCAUGGCCUUAUGUGCUCCAGCAGAUCAAAGUCAGAGCUGGGCUCAAGACAAGAAGCUGCUUCUCCGGCUGCUAUCAGGAGUGGAAGCUGUGAAUGCCAUUGUAGCCUUGCUGUCUGUGGAUUUCCAUGCACUUGAGCAGGAUGCCAACAAAGAGCAACAGCUCAGGCACAAACUUGGAGGUGGCAGUGGAGAAAGCAUAUUGGUAUCACAACUUCAGCAUGGUCUGACACUGGAAUUUGAACACAGUGACUCUCCUCGACGCUUGCGUCUUGUUCUUAGUGAACUCUUGGCCAUAAUGAAUAAGGUUGCAGACUCCAAUGGAGAUUUUUUUGUCAAGUCAUGUGAACUAUUUGAAAGCCCAGUGCACAUGGAGGAAGCAGCAGAUGUUCUUUGCAUCUUACAAGCAGAAUUACACACCCUUUUGCCAAUCACCAUCAUGGCAGAAGCUCUUCUUCAUGUUCGAAAUGGGGCCUGGUUCCUUUGCCUACUUGUUGCAAAUGUCCCUGACAGUUUCAAUGAAGUCUGCAGAAGCUUGAUAAAGAAUGGAGAGCGUCAGGAUGAGGAGAGUGUUGGAGGAAGACGUAGAACUGAAGCCUUGCGCCAGCUGUGCAAGAUGAACCCAUCUCAGGCCCUCAAAGUGCGAGGCAUGGUGGUAGAAGAAUGUCAUCUCCCAGGACUCGGAGUGGCAUUAACACUGGACCAUACCAAAACCGAGGCUGGUGAAGAUGGAGUGAGCAACAUGGUGUGUUUUGUGAGUGGACUGCUUCUUGGGACAAAUGCAAAAGUGCGCACUUGGUUUGGAACUUUUAUCCGGAAUGGCCAACUGAGAAGAAAGGAAAACAGCAGUUCGGUGCUAUGGCAAAUGAGAAGGCAGCUUCUGUUGGAACUAAUGGGGAUCCUACCAUCGGCUAAGAGUACAGAAGCAGACUCUAAUGCACAGUCUGGGCCAUCUUUUUAUUCAGGACUGAAGGAGGAACAUGUAGUAAAAGCCAGCGCUCUUUUGCGUCUAUACUGUGCCUUAAUGGGAAUUGCUGGCCUUAAGCCAACAGAUGAAGAAGCAGAGCAAGUGCUUCAGCUGAUGACAAGCCGUCCACCAGCUACUCCUGCAGGCGUGCGCUUUGUGUCUCUGUCUUUCUGUAUGCUAUUGGCUUUCUCCACUCUAGUGAGCACACCAGAACAAGAACAGCUGAUGUUGUUGUGGUUAAACUGGAUGAUAAAAGAGGAGGCUUAUUUUGAAAGUACUGCUGGUGUGUCUGCAUCAUUUGGAGAGAUGCUGCUAUUGGUUGCUAUGUAUUUUCAUAGCAAUCAGCUCAGUGCCAUCAUUGAUUUGGUCUGUUCCACUCUUGGAAUGAAGAUUGUGAUUAAAUCGAACUCUCUUAGUAGAAUGAAGACAAUUUUCACUCAGGAGAUAUUUACAGAACAGGUUGUUACAGCACAUGCAGUUCGAGUACCUGUAACAAGCAACCUGAGUGCUAACAUCACUGGAUUUCUACCCAUUCACUGUAUAUACCAGCUUUUGAGAAGCCGAGCAUUCACAAAGCAUAAAGUGUCUAUCAAGGACUGGAUAUACACACAGCUUUGUGAAACAUCCACACCACUGCAUCAGCAGUUAUUACCUCUUAUUGAUGUUUACAUAAACUCUAUCAUUACCCCUGCCACAAAGUCCAGUCCAGAAGCCACCAACAAGCCUAUCACAGAACAGGAAGUAUUAAAGGUGUUCCAACCGGUAGGGGAAAGUUCCCGGUUUAAUCCGCGACACAAAAUCACAGCUCAGCUCUUGGUGCUGUAUUACGUCCUAUCGUAUGAGGAUGCCCUUUUAGCAAAUUCAAAGACGCUAGCAGCCAUGCAAAGAAAACCAAAAUCUUAUUCUUCAGCACUCAUGGACCAGAUUCCAAUAAAAUAUCUUAUUCGACAAGCACAUGGUCUACAGCAGGAACUGGGAGGUUUACAUUCUGCUUUGCUGCGUCUGCUUGCUACGAAUUACCCUCAUCUUUGCAUUGUGGAUGAUUGGAUCUGCGAAGAAGAGAUUACUGGAACUGAUGCUCUGUUAAGACGAAUGUUGCUGACCAGUUCUGCAAAAAGUCAUUCUCCUAAACAGCUCCAGGAAGCUUUCUCACUGCUACAGUGCAACCACACCCAAGUAAUGCAAAUCCUGGAACACCUAACCUUGCUUAGUGCCAGUGCCCUCAUCCCUUAUGCUGAGGUGCUCACUGCUAACAUGAGCCAGCUUCUGAAUGUUGGUGUCCCACGAAGGAUCCUUCAAACUAUCAACAAGCUCUGGAUGACAUUGAAUACUGUAAUGCCUAGAAGGUUGUGGGUGAUGACGGUGAAUGCAUUACAACCUCCAUUAAAGUUAGUUCGACAACACAAGUACACACAGAAUGAUUUGAUGAUUGACCCUCUCAUUGUACUACGAUGUGAUGCUAGAAUACAAAGGUGCCCCCCACUUAUUGAUAUCACUCUGCAUAUGCUGAAUGGGUAUCUUUUGGCAUCAAAGGCUUACUUGAACUCGUACCUCAAAGAGACAGCAGAUCAGGAUAUUAAACCAUCACCGAAUAAUGCAGUAGGCCUGGCAGGACAGUCAGAGACUAUGGAAGUUACUAGAGAAGAACUGAAAAAUGCAUUGCUUGCUGCUCAGGAUAGUGCUGCUGUACAGAUAUUGCUGGAGAUAUGUCUUCCUACAGAAGAGGAGAAAAAACAAGACCCUACACUUUCCCAGCCAUUGGAAGAAGAAGAAAAUUUGUUGUGUAACCUUAGAGAGGUGCAGUGUCUUAUAUGUUGUUUGCUACAUCAAAUGUUCAUUGCAGACCCCAACAUCGCUAAGCUGGUGCAUUUUCAGGGAUAUCCAUGUCAACUACUGCCACUCACAGUUGCUGGAAUACCAUCAAUGCACAUAUGUUUGGAUUUUAUUCCAGAACUCAUAGCUCAGCCUGAACUGGAGAAGCAGAUAUUCGCUAUUCAACUUCUCUCGUAUUUGUGCAUCCAGUAUGCAUUGCCAAAAUCUCUUAGCAUGGCUCGCCUUGCAAUUAAUGUAAUGGGAACACUGCUCACAGUUCUUACACAAGCCAAACGUUAUGUAUUUUUUAUGCCAACGCUGCCUUGUUUGAUAUCCUUCUGCCAAGCUUUUCCUCCGUUAUACCAGGAUAUCAUGUCACUACUCAUUCAGAUUGGUCAAGUGUGUGCAUCAAAUGUAGCUACUCAGACGAGGGAUGUAGACCCAAUCAUUACACGUCUCCAGCAGCUGAAAGAGAAGCCCAAGGAAUGGACUGAUACUUACAAGCUUUCAUUGUUGCCAGUUGUUGCUGUAAAGGACACAGACAGUUUGGAUCCAGAUGUGCAGCUGUGCCAACGUAUUGAAAGCACCAUAAUUGAAAUAAUUAACAUGAGUGUUACAGGAGUUUAAAGAAUAGCUAUUUAUUUCAUCCUUUAUCCUGGAUAAGCAUUAGAUUAACUGAACAAGAACAGUACAGAGGAUUGUGCCUUAGUGAACUUUACAAUCUUUUCAUUUUAAUAAACAGCCGUGCUAUAGCUAUGCCUUAAUCUAGCUGCAGGUGGCGAUAAAAGCUUUUUUUUGUUUUUGCGAAUUUUGACUACUGAAUCUCAAUGCAAUCUACAGGAUUUCAUACCAAACAGGAAAAAGAGGACUGAGCGAAUCUUGGCGAUUGAAAUGUGCUGUGUUUAAUUGACCUCACCUAUUGCACACGUUUUGCUAUAUUUAGAAGUAACAAGUACUGCAUAUUUAUUUGAAUCAAAAUAUUAUUGUGCAUAAUAUUACUUUGAAAAAGCUAGUAUACUGGCACUGCCGAUUCCCAAACAUUAAGAAAAGGAUCAAGUAUCAGAGUUCCAUAUAAGAAUAUGACACCCUUUAGGAAUACUAAAUGUCAGCAUUCCUAUGGUGUUCCAAGUAACCAGGUGUAUAUUACAAGCAAUGGCUGUGAUGCCUUUUCAAACCAUAGAAGUGUAAAAUAAACAAAAAAGUUAAGUGAAUCUUAAUUUUCUAUCAACAGUGCUGUAUUUACAACAGUGAAGGAUUGUUAAAUUUCAUGUGUUCUUGUAAACUAUGUAAAUAUGGAUUGGAUUGUAAACAUGAUUUUUUUGUAGUUUGGUUUGUAUGUUUCUUACUGCUGGGCUUUUGCCAACUUCCACAAAAUUAUUUAAU